GUGUGGCUCCAGCUUGUGCAGCUCCGUCCGCUGCUGGCAGGCAGACCCUGCGCGCCCCGGGCCCCGCGUUCUGCGCCUCUGACCACGAAGGAGACAAGGUGUUUGUCUUGUCUCUUGUAGCAGCGGGAGCUCUGAGCCGCACGGAUUCAGGAUUCUGAGUCACGGAUUCAGGUGCAGCCAUGCAGGACGGUGUGCGUUUCGCUUCCUCGGGAGAGGACAUAAAGAUCUGGGACUCCUCCUCUGUGACCGUGGUGGAGCAGUUCAGCCCGCACGCGGCGCCGCAUGCCGUCAGCUCGCUGUGCUGGGCCAGUAACAACAGCUUCCUGGUCACUGCCUCCGCUGCUGGGGAUAAGAUAGUGGUGUCGAGCUGUAAAGGGAAACCUUUCCCGCUCUUCGAAGUAGCUGAAGGAGCGAAGCAGACGUGUGUGACUUUAAGUUCCAGCUGUUUAUACAUUGCAAGCGGAGGCCUCGACAGCUCUGUCAACAUCUGGGAUCUGAAGGCUCGCAGGCUCUACCGCAGCCUCAAGGAUCACAAAGAUGAAGUCACGUGUGUUACGUAUAACUGGAAUGAUUGCUACAUUGCUUCUGGAUCUCUGAGCGGGGAAAUUAUUUUACACAGUGUUACAACCAACUUAUCAAGUACUCCCUUUGGUUUUGGCAGCCGUCAGCCUAUUCGACACCUGAAAUACUCCUCCUUUAAGAAAUCUUUGCUGGGCAGUGUUUCUGACAGCGGAGCUGUGACGUUGUGGGAUGUGAAUAGUCAGAACCCAUAUCAUAAUUUUGAAAAUACUCAUAAAGCACCAGCUUCAGAAAUCUGCUUUUCUCCAGUCAAUGAACUGCUGCUUGUCACUGUCGGUUUGGAUAAAAGAAUUAUUCUCUAUGACACAUCAAGUAAAAAAUUAUUGACAACAAUAGUAGCUGAAUUUCCUCUGACAACAGUAGACUUCAUGCCUGAUGGUACUACUUUGGCUAUAGGGUGUUCCCGGGGGAAAAUUUACCAAUAUGACUUAAGAAAACUGACAUCACCCGUAAAAACAGUAAUUGCUCACAAAGGCUGUGUGAAAUGCAUACGUCUUCAGCACAGUAGCACUUCUUCCAAGUCUAACCUUAAGGGUUCUUCAAAUAAACCUUUAUCAAAGAGAGCAGAAGUCAAAUCUGGUAUUAAUCUUGGAGGAAUUCAAAAUAUUGGCAUAAAAAAUACGACUUCUCAUACAUCCUCAACAGUUUCACCUCAUCUUACUCUGCCAAAUGAGAAUAAAGGAGGAGAUGGUCAUCUGGACAAAACAGGCUUCCCACGUAGUAGUAGCUUGGAUGUGAUUCCAUCUAAAGAAACGGAUCACGGGAGAAGUACUGACUUGAGUAAUCUUGAUGAUUUGAGUCGAAAUAGUUUAGGAGAUGUGUUUUCUCCAGUCAGAGAUGAUAUUAUUUCAAGUAAAGCAAACGAAGAUCCUCCAGGAAAAGGAGAUGGUCUGGAUUUUCAGUCCUACCUUUCGGGUUUGGAUUUUCUCCCACAGCUCCCCACUACUUUUCCAGUGAAAAGAAACCCAGUAGUUGGCAGUAGUGCACAGGGGAUACGGUCUAGCCCGUUACAUGUAUUUGUAGCCUCUCCCAUUAAAGAAGAGGAAGAACAUACAAAUCCAGAAGCUGACACUAAGAAAAUAAAUCUCGGAAAGCAAGAAUCUGUAGAAGCUGUAAAGCAGCUCCCAAAAAUGAGCUCCUCAAGUGCAGAAUCCGGAACUUUGAGUCCUCCACUAUCCUCCACUGCUAUAAAGACUCCUGACACAAAUGAGAGAAUAGUAAAGAAUAUUCAGGCCAGUCUUGCAUAUGAUCUACCCCUAAAUGGCACUACCUCAACAAGUCCAAAGAUAACAUCACCUGUCACAGCUGGAGUUGCCAGUUCACUGUCAGAAAAAAUAGUAGAAACCCUUGGGAGCAACAGAGCAAAUGCACCUUUGACAUCAAUACAAAUAAGCUUCAUUCAGAACAUGAUACAAGACACACUGGAUGACUUCAGAGAAGCAUGUCAUCGAGACAUUGUGAAUUUGCAAGUGGAGAUGAUCAAACAGUUCCACAUGCAGUUGAAUGAAAUGCAUGCCUUACUUGAAAGAUACUCUGUAAAUGAAAGCUUAGUAGCUGAAAUUGAGAGAUUACGAGAAGAAAACAAAAGACUGAGGACUCACUUCUGAGAGCUUCACACUGCUAAUGUUAUUGGCAUGAACUCGCCACGUCUUGUUGCUUAUGACAGAUCAUCCUUCAUCACUGAAAUGCUGUAUGAAGAUCAACUACUAUCUUGAACAUGAAUCUUCUAAAUAAAUGGUGUAAGAUAUUAUAUUUAAUUCUAAAAUUUGUUAUAGGUAAAUAAUGUAUAAAUAUGUGCACAUAUUCACGGUAACCACCUUGAAAUACAUCCAUCUAACAAAAAAAAAAGAAAAAAACCCUAAAAGGAGAAAUACCUUACCAGAGUUUUAGGUAUGUGAAGUGCCUUUUUAUAAACAAAAUGAAUGAGGACAAAUGCAUCUUUAAUAUGACUUGCAGAGACCUGUUUUCCUAUUUGCUUCUUCAUUUUUCUGCUGUCAGAAACAAUCAUUUUAGGUAGCUUUGCAGAUACUUUUGGAGAAUAAGUGGGGAGAAGUCUCAUUUUCUGUAUGGCAAUAACUUUGUUUCUAAGGAGCUGGAAAAAACUUUAUCCAGCUGGCAACUCUUCUAUCCUGAGUAAAACUCCAGUUCAGAAAUAUUCUCAGAUUCAGUGCCAUUAUCUUGCUUAUUUUCAUAACUCUGAAAUGUACUUGUCUACAUGAGUUUUGUUGCUGAAAAUGCAAUCUCAACCGCAUGAAAUUUUGUAACUUUAGUUUUGAAACUAGAAUUCUUUUAUUAACAUAUACUUGAAUAUUUUCAUAACUUUCCCAAUUUGAAUGUAGCUUUAGCCUUCAAAAUGUAAGUAAACUCAGCCAUUAAUAAUAUAUUAUUGUGUAAGUGGGAUCUUUCAGACUUUGACUCAAAUAUCUUUUUCUUCCUUUGCAUUCGUGGUGGUCAAAACUUGGCGUGUCACCGCUGGGCUGUAUUUCUGACGCUUGCUGUUUUAGCAGUAUUGCAGCCUUUGCCUUAGAUGAGCUCCACACCAAAGCCAGCUCUUGCCUCAGCCGUCGGGUUAACACAGCAAGUGAUGCUGAGGAGGAAUCAUGAGCCCAGGAGCAUAAUGCUGCCGGGCGGGUACGUUCCCCUCUCUGAAGCAGAGGCCAGGAUGAAGUCCUGGCUUGGCUGAAGUCCAUAGGAGGUUUUGGUUGCCCUUUAGCAGUGCCAAGAGACUAUCCAGACUCCGACUGACAGUUCUCUGGAAGGCCUCUGCUGCAAGUGCUUCUUGGCAUUAAAUUCUUCUGGGGGGCCUCUUAAUUUUCCCACUAAUAUUGGACCCUUCUCCCUCUUCCACCUCCCCAAACAAAUAAUCAUUAAAACUUGAAAAGGCUGGAAGCAUAAUUGAGUUAAUUAGGUAGAGCUCAUGUUUAAUUAUAUCAUGACACUCUUCCACUAAAUGGCAAAGCCAUAGUAUAUAGCGUAACUUAUUUGAAAUGUUGUAAAACUGCAGCAUAACUAUUUGUUGAAAGCUACCUUUUCUAUCUUUCCUGUAACUUUUUUUAAGGAAAGGAUUGAUACUUUAUUUUUCUAAAUGCCAAUCAAUGACAAAUACUAUUCUUGUAUCAAAAUGAGAAUGUUCAUGUUGUCUUUAGUAUUGCAAACAGCAUUUAAAAUGUCUGCAGUUUUAUUGCUGCUGCUUUCAUAAGCUUUUUAAAAAUAUUUUCUAAAUAAUGUAUAACCAGGAUGAAAGGAAGCCGCAUAAGUUAAAAUUAUUUUUAGUGGCUUAACACAAAGUGUAGGGAACAUUUUUGUGAGUUUGUAAAAUGUGUAAGUUGAACUGACUCAUUACUAACCACAGUUCUUCAAGACCGUAGUACCUGGAGGUAGCAGGAGUAUCUUACAGUUCUCCAACAUGUUUCGCAAUGUUAACAAAGUAACU